AUGGCUUUAGCAGAUAAGAGACUUGAGAACUUACAGAUCUACAAAGUUCUUCAGUGCGUUCGGAACAAAGACAAGAAGCAGAUAAAGAAGCUGACCAAGCUUGGAUACCCUGAACUAAUCAAUUUCACAGAACCUGUCAAUGGACUCAGUGCUCUGCACUUAGCCUCGGUUUCCAAUGACAUUGACAUGGUCAGUUUUCUCCUUGAACUCGGUGCUCACCCUGAUGUACAAGACCGAAUGGGCUGUACUCCAACAAUGAGAGCUGCAGAACUGGGCCAUGAUUUAUCCAUGGAAAUAUUAGCCAACGCAAAAGCUGAUAUGACUAUAGUCGAUAAUGAAGGAAAAGGUGUUUUGUUUUACUGUAUUUUACCUACUAAGCGGCAUUAUCGCUGUGCUCUGAUUGCCCUGGAACAUGGUGCAGAUGUCAACAAUUCUACCUAUGAAGGAAAACCAAUAUUCCUUAGAGCUUGUGAGGAAGCACAUGAUGUUAAAGAGGUGUGCCUGACAUUUUUGGAAAAAGGAGCCAAUCCAAAUGCAAUCAACUCGUCCACAGGUCGCACAGCUUUAAUGGAAGCAUCCAGAGAAGGAGUAGUAGAAGUUGUUCGGGGGAUAUUGGAAAAAGGAGGUGAAGUCAAUGAAUAUGACAAUGACAGACAUCACGCUGCUCAUUUUGCUGCCAAAGGAGGUUUUUUUGAUAUACUGAAGCUUCUUUUUGCCUACAGUGGAGACAUGGGGCUGAUUGCAAUGAAUGGGAACACACCACUUCAUUAUGCUGCCAUGGGUGGUUUUGCAGAUUGCUGUAAAUAUAUAGCCCAGCGAGGAUGCGACCUGAAAUGGAAGAAUUUAGAACAUAAAACACCCCUGGCUGUGGCUAAGGAAAGAGGGUUCAAGGCAGCAAGCAAAGAACUACGCCGAGCAGAACGAAUCGCUAAUAAACUAGCCAAGCCAGGAGCCAAAAAUCUGAAUCCACUCUGGGCCCUUAGACUACACGACUGGUCAAUAGAACAUGAGGCUUUCCUUCGAGAAACCUUUUCAUUUCUGGACAGGGGCGACGGCACAGUUGCCAAAGAGGACUUUGUGACGUUCCUGGAGGAGAAGCAAGAGUUUGCACCGUUGGAACAGCUGGCUGCCAUAGCCCAACUUCACGAAAAAGUCCGGGGAGGAGGGGUCAACAUCAAUGAAUUCUUUAAGGGAACCAGAUACCUAAACAAGUCUUUUGUCUUGGGAUCUUACGGGCCUAAGAAAAAGAAAAGAGGGAUGGGCAAAAAGGGAAGGAAAGGCAGGUUUGAUUUACCCCCACUCCCAAUCUGUGUCAUUCCUGACCAUGCAUUUCCACGUCGGCAAGACAGCGGGCUGCCUUAUUACAUGAUCGAAAUCUACAAGAAUGUCACUGAUAGCAGCCGGUUUAAUCGAGAUCACCCACCAGAACAUCCCAUUCAGGAUGACUCUGCUUGGUACAUUGAUGAUCCAGGGAAGGUAUUUUCAAAUAUUAAUUUUAGCACCAAGGCGGGAGACCUGGCUUCUCUGAAAAAGGCUUUCGAAUCAGGCAUACCAGUGGAUGUGAAGGAUAAUUAUUACAAAACACCACUAAUGGUGGCGUGCACAAGUGGAAACAUAGAUGUUGUCAAGUUUCUUCUUGAAAAAGGGGCUAACGUUAAUGCAACAGAUAAUUUUCUGUGGACUCCACUCCAUUUUGCAUGCCACGCAGGCCAACAAGACAUUGUCGAGCUUCUUGUUAACUCUGGAGCUUUAAUAGAUGCACUUUCAAUCAGCAACUCAACUCCUUUAACUAGAGCCAUUGAAAGCUGUAGACUGGAUACUGUAAAAUACCUACUUGAUAUUGGUGCUAAAUUCCAGAUGGAAAAUAGAAAAGGGCAUAGUGCCAUGGAUAUUGCAAAGGCAUAUGGUGAUUAUAGAAUAAUUGGUAUAAUUAAAGAAAAGCAAGAUAACUUGCCAAAACCAGCAGAAAAUAAAAAACUGAAAGGCAGACCAUCUCUGAAACCAAAGACCGAAGGCCCUGAAACUAAGAAAGAAGAGGAACCACUUUCAUCAAUUUAUGCUAUACCAGCCAUAUCAGAGAAAAAGAAAAUGCAUAAGGAUAAUGUGGUUUCUCUCAAUUCAUUGAUUACCAGUGGUUACACCAAGAAAGGGGAUAUCACAUUUAUUCCACAGAGGAUUUGGAGUCCUGAAGCCACAACAGCAGAGCUGAUCAGGAAGCGGGAACUACGGCGGGAGAGAUUUACUUACGAGUGGGAUUUCGAAGAUUUCAUGAUGCCUUUUCAGAAGAACAUCAAAGAAAAAGCUCAAGCAAUGGAAGCUGCCUUGAAGACCUAA